UACAUAUUUUUGAAGUAUCUUAUUUCCAUCUCUCCUCCUACUUCUUCCAGCCUUCUCCACAGGCUGAACAAACCUAACAGAUGGCAAAUUAAUUACUCCACUUUCUUUUUCUUCAGUUUCUGGUGGUGAAGCCAAGAUUUUGAUUUAUUUUUAACAUUGAAAUCCUAAGCUGAAUAAUCGGACAAAUCUGUGGAUUUUCAGAUUGGCCGAGUGUCUAGACAUUUUUGGCAAAUUUGUCGCUUACCUUUUGAUUCUUUACAUUUUCAGCUAUUCAAAUAAGAUCUGCUAUUCCUUCUCAAAUUCAGCUCUCUUUCAACUUGGUAAACACACCUCUCUCUUUCUCUCGGCAUUUUCUCAGUACACACGUGUCACUGGAAAUUAGAAGCUUAGACACUGACGCAACUGUAGAUCUUUCAGGGUCAAAAGUCAGUGUUUUGAUCUGCUUCCUCAAAAUUCAACGUUAGCAAUUCAAAUCAUUUCUACAUACAUUCUUUAGCCUACAAACUCAAAAAAUGAUGCAAAUGAAGACGAAAACCACCGGAAUGCCGCCGAUGAUGAACGGUAGCUCUGAUGCGGGCGAGAAGGAGUGGGAGCUGAGGCCCAGUGGAAUGCUGGUCCAGAAACGCAACCCGGAUUCUGAAAACCGUCCUCCUCCACCUACUAUUCGGGUCCGGGUCAAGUAUCACUCUAUUUACCACGAGAUCAAUAUCAGUUCUCAAGCAACCUUUGGGGAACUGAAGAAGAUGCUGACGGGGCCAACGGGGUUGCACCACCAAGAUCAGAAAUUACUGUAUAAAGAUAAAGAGAGAGACAAUAAAUUGUUUCUUGAUAUUGCUGGAGUGAAGGAUAAGUCUAAAAUUGUUCUAAUGGAAGACCCAAUUAGCCAAGAAAAACGGUACCUCGAGAUGAGAAAGAAUGCUAAAGUGGAGAAGGCUGCUAAAACAAUAUCAGAGAUCACUUUGGAAGUCGAUAGGCUGGCUAAACAGGUUUCUGCACUGGAAUCUAUAAUUUCCAAAGGUGGGAGAGUUGUAGAAAAGGAUUUGAUAAAUCUGACAGAGUUAUUGAUGAAUCAGCUGGUUCAAUUAGAUGGCAUUAUUGCUGAAGGUGAUGUGAAAUUGCAGAGAAAAAAUCAGGUGAGAAGAGUGCAGAAGUGUGUUGAAACAUUAGAUGUGUUGAAGAUAAAAAAUUCAGUUACAACCAGCAACGUCGAUCACAUUGAAAAAGACCAAUCUUCCCCAGCUCACCAGCAUCAAAGGCAUUCCAAUAAGCAAGCCACAUCACCAGUUCAACACGAAAAAUCGGUAAAAACCAAACAACAGCAGCCAUCAAAGAACUCAACCUCAGGGUCUGUAGUUAUAACGACGCAAUGGGAAACGUUUGAUUCCAUGCCAGCGCCAUUGCUGGACCAUUUCUCAUCACCUACAACCACACCAAGCACCCAUGCUGCAGCUGUCCAACCGCGACUCAGUUGGGAUUUGCUUUGAGUAAGUUGUAGCCAAAAGUGUUUGUGCUAGUUUAAAGGAUCGUUUGGUGUGAAUUUCUCCUUUCCCUUGUUGGUUUGGUACCUAUUCUCCAUUCUUUUAUGUAUCUAGAUUUUUGUGAGAUUCCCCUUUUUUCAUGUAUCUCCAACUUAAGAAAUAAUCUGGGGGUUGCUGCAUAAUAGUUAUUACUGGAGUAUUAGGUUGUAUUUCCUCUUCCAAGUUCUCUAUUAUGCUAUCAUCAAUUUUCUACUGUAAUGUUUGUGGUGUUGAUACGUACGGCAGUAAGAUCAUACUAUUGUGUAUUUCCGAUUGUAAUGUUAUUGAAGUUGCUAGGUAUA